AUGGCACCAGCAGAACACCCACAGGUUGUUUUUGGCACCGCUUCCUUCGGCACAGGAUCCCCUCAGGCCAAAUUCUACGAUGAGGCAACCGCAUCUCCCAUCCUGACCACCCUACAGGCGAGAAAUAUUACUGUCCUAGACACGGCUCGGGCGUACCCCGUGGGGUCCCCGGGUACCUCGGAGAAGAUCCUCGGGCAGCUGCGAGUUCCUUCUUGGGCCACGGUCUCCACCAAAGUCCUGUCCUGGAAGCCUGGAUCCCACCAGGCGGAUCGAGUUAAGGAAAGUAUCACGGCGUCUCUCGAAGCGCUCCAGACGGAUCAGGUGGAUAUCUUAUAUCUCCACGCGCCAGACCGGGCUACCCCAUUCGAGGAAACGUGCCGAGCGAUCGAUGCUGAGUACCGGGCCAGGAAAUUCGCUCGGUUUGGUUUAAGCAACUAUACCGCAGAGGAGGUCGAGGAAAUCGUGACCAUCUGCGAGAAACAUGGUCUGGUGAAGCCGAGUGUGUACCAGGGCCGGUACAAUGCCAUCAUCCGCUCCGCAGAAGCACAGCUCUUCCCUGUUCUUCGACGGCACGGGAUAGCGUUUUACGCGUACAGUCCCGCAGCAGCAGGCCUCUUCACUGGGAAGGUUUCGCCUGAAUCCACCCUGCCCGGUUCACGCUGGGACAAAAAUUGGGCACGCGCUGGCCUUACGCUGGACGAUCUACCAUUCGGCCUUAAGCAUCAGUAUGGAGAUUCUGUGAUCAUUGGUGCAUCUAGCCUCGCACAGUUGGAGGCUAAUCUGGACGCGGUCGAGGCGGGUCCGUUGAGUGAGCACUUGGCAGGUUUGGUUGACCAGGUGGGGAAGUUGGUUGGGGACGAGGCAGCUCCCUACCAUCUGUAG